CAUCAUUCACUUGCUCUCAGUCUCAUUGAUCUGAUUAGCGGUGAGAGCACAGUGUUAAGAAGAAGAAGAACAGUGAGAAUGGAUUCUUUGUCCAACCUUUUGUUAAUGUGCGGACUUGUCAUGGUGACACUGCUGAAUGGAACUACUGGACAUGGGACUCACAGCAACCUGACCAAUGCUGUACACACUCUGCAAAUACAUCAUGGGCUAACAGAUACAAUGUGGGUGGGAAAAGCAGUUUUCACACCCUACUUGGGCAAAGUACCGGACACUUGCACUUGUGAGACGUUGAUGCUUCUGCGUAUGCUGAAUGGUUACAUGGACAUCUUUUCGGAGAUGCUGAAAAAGGCCAAGACUGAUGAGACUAAAAGUAGUCUGAAGGACCUCCAGGAAAGUGUGAAAGGACUGAAAGACAAAUAUAAAAAAGAACAGGCAGUGUGGAAGCAACUUCAUGACAUUAACUCCGUGAAGAAAGACGACAGUACGAUCCAAGGUGGAGCAGUGAAUGACUUUAUCUCUGUGUAUGAUAAAGCCUUAGAAGCUGGACAACAUUCCAAGAAGACCCGCUCGCUACUCAAGAGUUUUCUACAACGUUAGGAGACUUUUCAUUCAAGCAUGAGACAAAUCUGCAUUACUUUAGUCAUUUAGUCUGGUUCAUCUGUGUUAUUUAUCAAACUUAAUUUAACUAUUAUUUACCAUUUUAAUUUAACAUAUUUAUUUUCAUCUCAAAAUUUAAGAUAUCUGUAAAAUCUAACUUAUUUUGCUGUGCAAUUCAGUCUACAGUU